UGGUUCCCUCGUUGUGAAAUAAGGUAUGGAAUCAUUGGAAACCAAACAUCUCAAACAUCUUGCCAACUCCUAAGAUUUGCUCAUUCUCCGUAAUACCCAUCCUCCAUAGUCCUCAAUCGCUCCAAUGGCAUCAUCAGCAGCACCCACAGCCGCCGACGGCACCACCAAGCUUGUCAAGCUGACCUUCCUCAUCAAGAAGAGAGAUGAUAUCUCUUUAGAGGAAUUCCACAGAUACUGGAGAGAGAACCAUCGCAAGCUUGCUGUCUCAACCCCUAUUUUCCGCGAAAAGGUUGUGAGAUAUACCCAAUACCACUCGGAUGGCUCUGUCGAUCUUAAGAAGAUCGGUAUCGGAAACCCGGGUUACGAUGGAGCUGCGAUCGUAUGGGCGAGGAGCUUAGAAGACUUAAUAGAGGUAUUCAACCACGAAGACUACCUAAAAUACUUGGCUACGGAUGAGCCAAACUUCCUGAAGAGAGAUGAGAUCAUUACGAUGUUCGGAUGGGACGAGCUCAAAUUAGAGAACGGAGUGGAGUUCUAAGAUGAGCGCGCACAUUACCUCUUAUGAAUUGAGUGUUGGAAUGUUCUCAACAACGAUUCAAAGCUAAAGCUCUGUCGGGUUAUGGAUAACUGGUAACUCAACUUACCUAUCGGAUACUGCCUCCGGUCGCGGCAAUUUUCUAUUGUCUAUUGUUAUGAGCUACCCGUCCUCCCAUUAACUCAGGCGCUCAUAUACGUACGCGAUGCGAUGAACUAAUGUAGCUUAAUAAUAAA